AGCGACUCAAAAGAAAGUUGCACGUUUUGAACGUAAAAUGUGGGCGCCUUGAUAACAAAGCAAAAGCGAACGGAAUCUAUAUAACAAAUACAAACAAAAUUGUCAACAAUUGAAAAAAGACAAUCAAAAUUAUACAAGUUGAAAACGAAGGCAACAAAUGUGACAGGAGGUGUGUGUGUGUGUGUCGAAAUUUGAAGCGGAGGAACAAGCAACAUUAUAAUAACAGUACAGCCGCUGCCGCUGCCCGAUUGUUAUGCAAGCAGCGCUGCAACCCCCCACCUGAGCACUGCAGCACAACAACAGCAGCAACAAUCAAUUAGCCGGUCACCAUGCUGCUCAAUCGUUUUGUUUCAGCCAUUAAAAAUCAAUCGAGGGAAACCCUGCGCGCAUGGAGCUAUCAGUGCGAAUCUAUAUUCGCGCAACGCUCGCGCCGGCUGCAACAGCUGCUCACCUUCUAUCAAACCGUUUAUGGCACUCAAGGACUAAAGCAACUCUGGCGUGUCUAUUAUCGCAACCAAAUUCAGCCACCACUGCGCGGCAUGAUGCUGAGUGCUGUGGGUAUUAUGGGCUUGAAUAUGAAGAGAGCCACUAAUGAUGGCUUCGACUGGGCCAAAGAGCGGCUGUCGCUGGCAAACUUUGAUUUGUGCCAACGUGAUAUUGAUUUUAUAAAUACGCUACCUGUCAAUCAGCUAUGCGAUCAGUGCAAGUCAAAGAAGAUGAAGUAUUGCUAUUGCUCGUUGGGCAAUCAGCGCUGUAAGAAGGGCGGUAUCUUAGUGCCAAACAAAGUUGACCCGAAGACACUGAAGGAGGAGGCUAGCAUAAGCAACUGUCACAAGUCAAUGGAUUACGAGUCGCGUGCACCAGGGGGUCAAAUACGCAUACAGGCACAGGAGGAUCGCAACUGGGAACCAUACUUCAGUAAGAAUGAAUUCAGCAUAUGGCGGCGCGAGGAACGUUCAUCGCUAUACUCAUACAAGGUGUAUGCACGUUUCGAUGAUAUUACUGCCGAUGACUUUUUGCAUGUACAAACGGAUCUGGAUUAUCGCCGGCAAUGGGAUGAUACGGCACUCAGGCUUGAGUUAAUUAGCGAGGAUCCAGUGCCAAACAGUAAUUCACAUCUCAUCUACUGGGAAAUGCAAUGGCCGCGUCUGUUCGCGAAUCGGGAUUACGUAUAUUGCCGGCGUUACCACAAGGAUGAUAACAAAAAAUUGAUCUUUAUUUGCAGUAGGGCUGCCAAGCAUACCACAUAUCCAGCUAUAUCGGGCAAGGUACGUGUCACUGAUUACUGGAGCCUGAUGGUCAUUAAGCCAUUUCGUGGUUUCCAUGAACCGGGAUUGCACUUUGUGCUAACAUAUUACGACGAUCCGGGCAUACCAAUUCCGCAGAAUAUAAAAUCGUGGGUCACGCAAAAACAAAUGCCCGAAUUCCUUACCAAAAUGUAUGUCGCAACCAAAAACUAUGCAUGCUCGCGGGCCAUCAAGAUGAAGGACAUGUUCAAUAGCUUUACCAUAAUCAACGAUGAGUAUACGGCAAAUGAGCAACGCGGCAGCUGGCUGGGCAGCCUCAGCCGUCACAGACGUAAGAUGAACAACGGUUCCGAGGUCGAUCGCUGACAGCUGUGCUGAGCUGCAGUUCCUCCAGAGAGCAACUAACAAAUAACAAUAGCAACAAAAAUUUAAAAAACUAAAAAAAAAACCAAACAGAAAUGCAAAGUACAGCAAGAAAUACCAACAGCAAUACAGCUCCUUAUCACAUCUUAUGUUGUAAUUCAUAUAUAAGUAUAUAUAUAGGUGUAUGUAUAUACAUAUAUAUAAACACACCUCAAAUAAGAACAAAAAUAUUGAGUAAUAGGGUUCAUCUAGUUUCUAGAUAUUAACAAAUUAUUUCAUCAUCUAUGCAAAUGUGCAAUAAAAUACCAUUCGCAACUUGGAGGCAUUUAAAAUGUUGAAUCUUCUGUGCCACACUAAUGAAAUC